GUUUUGCUUUGUGUCCUUCAAUAUCUUUCACUGAUAACUAGCUCAUCUUGGAGUAUUAUCAUCAUUCCCGCCUCCAUCACAAUUAAUUUAUUAAAACUGUUCUUCAGCACUUGGGAGAAGGAUUUGAUGGCCAAUCGAUCAUAUCUGGGUUUUAGAAUUUUCCGAGCAUCGCAUCACAUUGACAUAGAGCAUAACUUGUCAAAGCAACCUCAGAUGCUUCAACUCCGUCAAGAAACUGCAAGUAAAUUGAAAGCUGUUACUGAGUUACGAUCUUUGCACGAGAAACUCUUUCUUGAAUAUCAAACUCUCGCCAGCAAAUAUUCUCCUCAGAAUAUCAAAGAAAAUUUGAAAUUAGAGGCUCUGAAAAGUGAUGAAGAGAGUGAAAAAAUAGCAGACAACUUUUUGAAUGGUAAACUGGAUGUUGAAUCCUUUUUAUCUGAAUAUCUUGAGCAAAGAGCAAUCUCACACAAAAGGAAAGCUAAGGAAGAGCGCUUGGGUUUUCAGUUAAGAGAGCUUGAAAAGGCGGGUUUUUAAUUUUUGAGGAAAUUGUUUUUCCUGGACUUAGCACUCUGCCUGUUGUAUUCAACCCUACCUCUCUCAAGAAUUUCAUAUUGUUUGUAUACCC